GAGACUAUCGAGCGGAGUGCUCUUUUGACUCCGGUGACUUGCCGUCGUCUCAAUCUCCACCCACACGGAUAAAAGGCGGCUGCGCACACUCAGUAGGUCUUCUCCCACGUUCAUCGGAGCAACUGCUGUUCGUCACCUAACCGGAGCUACUGUAAAGAGUCAUGGCUGAGCUGAAGGAGCGCACAUUUAUCGCCAUCAAGCCCGAUGGUGUGCAGAGGGGCAUCAUUGGAGAGAUCAUCAAGAGGUUUGAGAAUAAGGGCUUCAAACUUGUCGGCAUGAAGAUGCUCCAGGCCUCUGAGGACCUCCUCAUGCAGCACUACGUUGACCUGAAGGAUAGGCCGUUCUUUCCUACCCUCAUUGGUUACAUGAGCUCUGGUCCAGUGGUUGCCAUGGUGUGGGAAGGCAAGGGUGUGGUGAAGACGGGCAGGGUGAUGCUAGGUGAGACCAACCCUGCUGAUUCCAAGCCCGGAACCAUCAGAGGAGACUUCUGCAUCGACGUCAGCAAGAACAUCAUUCACGGCAGUGACUCAGUAGAGAGUGCCAACAAGGAGGUUUCCCUGUGGUUCAAACCAGAAGAGCUGACCACCUACACUAGCUGUGCCUUCAGCUGGCUCUACUGAGCUGCUGUGCAGCAGCAGUCCUCAUGCUGGUUACACACCAGUGAAACUCUUGCCUCACGUUUCCCGUUUUUGCCCGUAGCCUAGAGGGAGAGGAACUGAUCAUGUUCCAGUCUUCACAUCACAUCCCUUCUUGCCCCCGUCGUCAUACUGUACUUGGAUUUGGUCUCUGCUGAGGUCCGUGUCUAGUCCGGAUUCAUUCCUAAACUUCAUUCCUUUAGCAACAUUCCAUGCAUACUUUGAAUGUGCAGUUAAUGACUUGAAACCUGUCUUUGACUGUUAGUUUUGUUAAAGGUGAUCUGCUUUCCAAUAAAAUUCACACUAUA